GAAGAGAAUUGAAGAGAGGAGAGAUUGAAGAGAAGGAAAUUUGGAGAGGGAGGCUGGAAACUCUCUUUCCCCUUUCCCUUUCCAAAUUUCCGGGCGGGCUUGAAAGAUGGCAACACACUACGGCACGUUCCCGGCGGCGAUAACCAACCAAGCAUUGCGGCAACAGAUCAUCAGAUCGGGCCUCCUCGAAUCCCGGCGUCCAUGGAAGCAAAUGCUCUCUUUCUCCAUCCCACAGACCUUCGCAGAAUCACUCACACGUUUGAACGCCAACAUCUCAUAUUUCUUCACCAACUACACAAUAUUCAUCAUGUUCCUCGUCUUUCUCUGCCUGUUAUUCCGCCCCGUCCCCCUCACCGUCUCCGUCGCCGUCAUGGCUGCAUGGCUUUUCUUUUACUUCCUCCGCGAUGACCCGGUGUCUAUAUUGGGAUACGUGGUGGAUGAGCGCAUGGUCCUAGCCUGGCUGUCCAUUUUCACGGUGCUUCUGUUGUUCUUGACGGUGACCGUGAAGGUGGUGGUGGCGCUGGUGGUCGGAGUGGUGGCGGUGGUGGUGCAUGGGGUGUUCAGGAAGCCAGAUGAUUCGCUCAUAAUGGUGAGGGAUUAUGAAGAAGGGAUAGGAGGAUCAGCAGGUUCAUGUCCAACUCCGAACGUGAAUUUCAAAGGGACUGCUAUUGCUUCUGUAUCAUCUUCUUCUUCCUCUUCAUUUUCUUAUUGAUGUAAUGAUAUUAUCCUUUGCAUGAAUCUGUAAUAUUCAUUUGUCAUUUAUGGCUGAUUCAUUUCCAGAUCAAUACUAAUCUUAACAGACAUGAUCCUUAGCUUC